GCCCAUCACCGUUCGCGUAUAAUAAGCGCGCGCGGCGCACGCGGCGACUCGCCAGCGCGACCACAGCGGCGCCGGUGCACGACGCGCGUAGUGCACUCCGCGACCUUCUCGCACCUCGCAGUUACCGCGCCGAGCGAUCCCGGCGCCACCACGCCGUGUUGUGUCACAAUACUACUCAAUACAAAAACAACAACAGACUGUCGCCAGGACCAUAUCACCUUACUAAGUAAGUGAUCAUUUCAACUGUGAUUUUAAACAAACAAACCGUCACAUAUUAGCAAAUAUGUUAGUAAACAAGGCAAUUCAGUUCGCCGUGUUGGCGGCAGCAGUGCUACUGGAGAGCAGAGCAGACGCCGCCACGUCGCCGUCCGUUAAGUUCUGCGGCCGACAACUCAGCGAGAUCAUGAGCAGAGUCUGCCACGCUUACAACAGUCCUUGGGAUACACCCACAGUAGUGGAACAACCGAGCUCUAUAGUGAGAAGAAGACGACAAGUGGGAAACGGUAUUGCUGACGUAUGCUGCAACCACGGCUGCACGUGGGAACAGCUUAGUGAAUACUGCUCCAUCAGUGCCAAUUCAGAGUCACCGCUAGAAGACAUGGAGGCGCACAUAAUAGCAGACAGAUCAGCGGAGCAGACGGUGGCGGAGUCGAAGGACGCGGCGAGUCCGGCGGCUGCGCCAGCUGCGGUAGGCAGCGCGGGGUAUGCGGGGCGCGCGGCGGGCGGGGCGCGGGGCCGCGGGUACGGCCGCGCACGCGCCCGGGGCCGCCGGUGCUGGUGCCGGCGCAAGCGGCGCUCGGGCCGACGGCGAUCCUCUCUCAUGGGUAACAUGGACCUCGUAAAAAAUGUAGCACGCGCUGCUCCCGUGGUGGGCACCGUAUCACCUCUAAUCACGUGGGGCCGGACACUCAACACUGACCUCUCACCGGCCAGCCGGGACCAAUACGCGUACGUCGUCUACGCAUGAUAAAACCCAUGGUUGUUUGUAACCGUUGACGACGGCCACGACUGCGGAGAACACUCACCGUCCGUACACAUGGCGGGAAACUAACACCGAGGUCUCUACACCCUAUGUAAAAGUAAGACGACGAAGUAAGGUACAAUAUUUUAGUGUUCAUUAUUAUGUAGCGUUCAUAUGAUAAGUAUUCUUUUCUAUCGAAGUGUCAAUUAGAUUAGGAACGACAUUUUUGUCGACGACCAAGUGUUCCACUUUAAGAAUACUUUCUUAAUCUUAGAAAUAGAUCACAAAGUAUACUUCAAUUUCAGUGUUUUUUAGAAGUUUACUUAAGUCUUUUUGCUAAUGCUUUUAUCAAGCAUUUUGUAUUAUAUUGCCAUACCUUUAAAUACUAUACAGCAUAGGCUUCAAAUGCAAAAACUUUGAAUUGCGUUUGAAUUCUGUGUUAUUUAUGUAAUUCUAUAAUAAGCCAAUUUUCCAUUCUCUUUGUCUGAGUAUCUACUAGUUUAAGUACCUAGGUGACAUUAUUAUUUUAGUUUAAAGUUAGCUCUACUUUUAUUGAUAUUCGUUCACACGAAGUCGUGUGCAAAUAGAAAGGAAAAUUGUCUAUUCUUAAAUUAUUUGUAUUUACAUUUGCAAUAAAAUUUACAUUUGCCAUAAUAGUUUCCCAAUUAUAUUAUUGUCUAAGAUGUGUACCUAUAUGCUACCAAUAAAUCUCCUACCAUAUAAGAAUUAACGAUCUCUAAAACAUCUGUGAUAACUCCAACUGAUAAAAAUAAAUCAUUAAUUUAUGAAUUUUAGUUAUGUCAGCAUACUAGUUGAAUGUAUUUCCUUGUGUUAGAAAAUGUAUGUAUUUAGACAUUAAGUAGUUCUAAGUUCAGAGUGGACACUUGUAUAAUAGCAGGCAAAUCUGUCCCAGAUCGAAGUUAUUGCAAAUUGUUAAUCAGUCCUUCGACAGAUUUGCCACAAGCUUGGACAUGCUUCUACUGUGACUGAACUGACUGACUAGGUGGAUGCUGUAUUAAAAUUGACAUUUAUUUCUAACAAGUGUUUCAUUUAAAAAUGUGUUAUAUGUAAUCAAAAAAUAUGUAUUAAAAUCAAAUCUAUUUACAAUCAAAUAACACUGGAUUUACAUAUAGGUUCAAUAUUUUAAUAUUAUCUUUGUAACAGAGAAGGAACUUUUUUGUAACUUUAUUUUACAUAAUAGUUAAUAACUGAUUUAUGCAUGGGCGAGCACGAAAUAAUCCUACUAAAGAUAUUAACUUAAAUGACUAGGUGGCAUAAACAUAACAAGAUAACUUGAAUUCAUUUCAAACCUUACAUAGUAUGGAUGGAUAGCCAGACUAAAUAGAUAUAUUACAAAUUUGAAAAA